AGCUAGAAAGGUUACCAGCAGAGCCAAACGCUUCUUUAACUUAACUCAUAAGUUGGUUGACAUUAAUUAGACACCGUGGUUGAGCACAUUGAGCAUGAGAAUGAGAGAGAAGUAGAAACACUGCCAAGUCUUUUCAAUAAACUUCUAUCGAGCGACUACUUUUUACCUGAGGGAAAAAUCUAUGCUGAGGUUGGUCAAAAUGUCUAUUGUCUGUCGUUAGCUAGCUAAGUUAGCGAGUGUUAGACGAGCGGAGGUGAAAUUUGCAGCAUUUUUUUCCAUUUUCAGGCUGGACGCGAUGGCAGAUUUGUCGUUGCUGAUGUUCUUUGUUCGUUACUGUAGCUUAGGGGGCUAAUCGUAAGCUAACUGGUAAGAUAAUCAGAGCUGCUGAACGCCGUGUCUGUGGCUAGCUGGCAGUUUCUCUGAGGUGGUCGUUGACCAGAGCGCUGGUCACAUCACGACUGAGACUCAUUCAGAGGUCAGAUACUGGUGUGUGCUGCAGGGUUGUUUGUGCUCCUGACGCAGUGGCAUUAUAUUAACACACCAUAGAUACCAACAGGUUAGUCAGUUUGGUGGCUGACAAACUUAAAUCGCAAAUAAUGACACUUAAAUGCAUGGAGCAAAAAUUAGUCCCUCUUGGCUAGCGCUGCUGAGCUAGCAGGGCUGGUCAGUGCAGAUGCUCGGCGAUAGGUGCUUGCCCUCACAUUUGAACCACUUGAAAGCAUAGGAUGUUAUUUUGACAGUAUUCACUUCGACACAAUUUCACGGUCAACAACCGAGUAGUUGUUAGUUAUGCCUCUAAAUUGUAAAGACAACUCCCUGUUCAGGUGGACUGUCCUUCAGCUUGAAAGGCCCAGACAGGUUCAAGCCCCCGUCGCAACAAAGCAUCCGCCCUGCUGAAGUGUCCUUGAGCAGGACAAUGGAUGUCUUCCAGGGUGGAGGCACUGUUGUGUCGCUGAUUCCCCCUCCCCAUCCGUAGAAGGGGACAAGUGACAAGAACACUCACAAGCUGAACAAGAAUGAAAUAAAAACACAGUCACUGAAUGAGUCCUUGAAGGGAUUACUAUCGUUGUAGGCUACAGUUGAGAGAUGGGCUCUGAAAACCCAGACGACUUUGGACCAACUGUGAUAAUCGCAGAGGAAGAUCAGCAAGAAAUAGGAGGUCUGAUCAACUCUGAUGGGGAGGAAGUCGAUUUCUCAGAUCUCAGAGAGCGUGCCGUCCCUGGCAUUGGAAUUGUAGAGGCUCCCUCAAAGACAUUUGAUCAGGCUGAGAAUGAAAAACCGCCGUCUCUUCACAGCUGCUCGGUCUGUGGCAAAGACUUCCCUUACGCCUCUAAACUUCAGCGCCACCUACGCACUCACUCAGGAGAGAGGCCUUUCCCCUGCUCCAUGUGUGAAAAGAGGUUUCCAGAGAAAGGACUUCUCAUGAUCCAUGAAAGGGUCCACACAGGAGAGAAGCCAUUCCCAUGCACUUUCUGUGAGAAACGAUUUGCCAGUCAGGGGGAGCUCAGGCUACACCGGCGGACACACACCGGCGAGAGGCCGUAUCACUGCUCCAUCUGUCUGAAGAGCUUUUCUCGUCACUGGCACCUGAAAACACAUUUAGAGGCGAUGCACUCUGAGGUUGUCGCUGGCUUUACGAGGAAGAAGUUUCCGUGUUCGGACUGCGAUAAGAGCUGUAACUCAGCAGCCGAGCUGAGAGAUCAUCAGAGGACUCACACUGGAGAGAGGCCCUACCAGUGCUCUUUCUGUGACAAGCGGUUUGCCUUGUCCGGUACUCUUGUGAGACACGAGCGCCUCCAUACUGGCAUUACACCCUACCACUGCUCUGACUGUGGGAAGACAUUUGCGCAGCAGUGGACACUGACAACACACAUGCGGACUCACACGGGAGAGAAACCUUACAGCUGCACACAGUGUGAUAAGUCUUUUGUAGCUCCUGGAGAGCUCCGGAGACACACCAGGAUCCACACCGGAGAAAAGCCGUACACCUGCACAGACUGUGGGAGGCAUUUUUCACUGGCAGGAACUCUCAGAAACCACAAACGGUCAUGUACACAGAACAAAAAUGAAUCCGUUUCAGGUGUCAUCUCAGGCCCAGUCCAAGCUCCAGCUGGUGAAUCAUCCCAGAAAGACCUGACCAACAAUAUCAGCUCUGAGGCGUCUGGCAGACAGAGUUUACCCUGUCGAGUUGAGCCCCGUUCUUCAGAGGGCGUUAACUGUGACAAAGCAACUCAGCACGAAAGUAACCAGAGGGAACCAGAAGACCGACAGGAAGACGCCACAUCCAGUCCACAAAUGAAUGUAAUUGUGAAAGAGGAGGAAGAAGAGGAACCUUUGUGUGUAGAAGAAGCUCCUGACCAGGUGUCCGGGAGUGAGGAUUGUACCAUGCCAGAGGAAACUGAAGAGCAGCAGCAGGAAAGCAACACAGAAAUUAGGAUAACAGUAAAAGAGGAAGAAGAGGAACUUGUCAACAUGUCUGGAGAGGAUCCCGAUUGUGUCCCUGACAGUAAAAGUCAAAGUCCUCUAUUAUCACCAGGGCAGGAACAGUUUAACAACAAUCUAACAAAGAGCUCUUACUGCUGUGGGCUUUGUGGAAGAGACUGUCACAAGAUGUCUGCGCUGCAAAUCCACAUGCGAAUUCACUCGGGAGAGAAACCUUACCAGUGCACACUGUGUGGGAAGCAGUUCACCCAAAAAGGUCAACUCAAAGGUCACCAGAAAGUCCACACAGGAGAGAAACCGUUCUCCUGCCCGGACUGUGGGAAGAGCUUUGCCCACUCGGGGGCCAUGAACAGACACCGGCUCACACACACAGGAGAGAGGCCCUACCACUGCUCCGUGUGCGACCGGAGCUUCAACCAGUCCGGCCGCUUGAGGGAACAUGAGAAAAUCCACUUUGGGGAGAAGUUUGACUGUCCCGAGUGUGAAAAGAGUUUCACACGAGCUUCAAGCCUCAAGAACCAUUUCAGGCUUCACACAGGAGAGAGGCCGUAUGGCUGCGAUGUCUGCGGGAGAGGAUUCAGCCGCUCACAAAGCCUGAGGCUCCACAAACGAAAACAUGAGCUGAUUCAGACUGAGGGGGAGUCUGCAUUCAGUGUGAAGAAUGAUGAAUUCUCACAGAGUGACGAUAACUCUCCAAUUAAUAUGUGUAUUACAGACAAAAACGACUUAUAAUGUAUUUAUAUAAACCAUACAGAUAUGUGCCAGUAGUGCUAUAACAGUACAGGAUUUUAGGCAGUAGAACAUGAACUGAGAGAAGAGAAGUAAGUGACUACCUCUGUGAAUAGACCAUUAUUAAACCUUUAUGUGGUGAUUCACCCAAAAAGUAUUAAAGCUAAAAUAUUUAACUCCCGGAAAGGUGCAGACAAAUUCAUAAACAGACACAAACCAGUUAACGUUAAGCAACUAGCAACACAAUUUCAGACAAAACUACUAAACAAAUAUUUACUACAAACAACAAACUUUUGUAAAAUCUUGGAAGCUGAUAAGAUGAUAAAUUUUAGAGUUCAUAUUUGCUCUUGUUUAUCACUCUUGCCUAUGUUAGUUGCGUUGGAAUAUCAUGGCUUUUAUGGUAGUACAAAUGAGUCAUUUAAGGUUUGUGAUUUCACUUUGUCCAUGCAGUAUUUUUCAUUAAAACUAAUCGUGUAUGUGGAAAUUGGAUUGAAGAAUAAUUAUGUUUAUUCGAGGCCAAUGAGCAGUCAAGGAAUCAGGUGAAACUGAAGUUCAUUCUUUGGGAAACAUACUCAGUAAUGAAACAGUGGGAUUAUAUUCAUCAGGUGUUGCCAAAACCAUUCUGCCUUAGUGGUGAUUAAUUU